CGCACUGAAAAAGAUAAAACCCCAAAUCUGGUUUCGAAACAGCUGGAAAAGUGGAAGAAGUUGCUAAUUUGCAAGCUCCUGAUGGAAUAAAAAGUCAUGAUGCUGAAAAGGGACGAAUAAGAGUCGUGUGAGAAUGUUUGAACGAAUUGAGUAUAUUGCUACUUACAGCAUCAGAUGACAGUCUCUCGAGAAAAAAACAUCGACACUGAGAUUUCGUCUCAAAAUUUUCAAGAAUAUACCCAAUAUUUGGUAAAUCUAUAAGGACAUUUAGGGAAACAUGGGAAGUUUUAAAGGCCAUGCAUUGCCUGGAAGUUUCUUCCUGAUCACCGGCCUGUGGUGGGCCGCAAAGCAGACAUUUUUGUAUGCCACCCGCAGGAAUAAAAGUGCUGGUGCGGGCAGACUUGCAUCUCGAGCUACACAACGGCACAUAGAAAUCAUAGAAGGAGCUGUCAUUUUAUCAUUUUCUAUUAUUGGUAUGUUAGCAGAGCAGCUUUUAGCAGGUGGGCCCAAGUUUCAGCUGUAUGAUUCUUCCACUCAAAACUGGGAGCAGCUGAUGAACUGGCAGCACACCACCAUGUACCUGUUCUUUGCCAUCGCAGGGGCCAUAUCUCUCACUGUCCACAGCACAGACAUUGCCCCGCUGGCCUUAGAUCGGAUGCUGCUGGGUCUUGCUUUCUUUAAUGAGGGAUUUCUGUUUCUUUACCAUCUCCAUGGUAGAGAUAUGCUUGAUGUCCAUGUGCACACCCUUCUCCUCUAUGCCAUCUUUGGACAAGCUUUCAUCUGCCUUCUGGAGGUUUUCCACAGAGGGAAUCUACUAACAAGUGUGUACUGUUUAACUCUCAUUCUUGUAUUUUUCUAGAUUGGCUUUGUGCUGUACCCACCCAGUCAAGUGAAAUGGGAUCAGACAGACCAUGACAACUUGGUCUUUGUCACAUUAUGCUACUGCUGGCAUCUAGCGUUUGCAUUGCUCACUGUAGCUGUAGUUUACUGGUCUGUUCUCUGUGCUGUGCGUUCCAGACUAAGGAGGAUGCCACCCAUAGAAAUGGGGCUUUUGAAACCAAGGGAGAAAGAAGUAGAGUCUGAAGAUGAGAUUUUAUGAGUAUUUAUCAUCCUUACACGUUCAUGCCAGCAUCCAAAUACACUUGGACCUGAUUCCAAAGAAAAGUAUAGAGACAGAGAGCGAGAGAUAGAUAUGAACAGAGAGGCAUUGUCACUAAAUAUUAGCUCUGUCUUAAUUUCCUGAAGAGCAGAUGGGAGAUGACAAACAGUGACAGUCUUGCUUCCCAAGAUCUGUUUCAUCAUACUAUAACAAGGGAUUGUAAGUAAAUCAAAAUAGCCAUAGUGUUAUAUCUCUCACUCAUUUUCCCAGUAUGAUAGUUACAACUCUCUGUCCAUGCGGUCUGCUAUCUUGUGUGGUCAUUCCUUUUUUAUUUCACUAAUCCCUAUUUCUCUGAUGCACCUCAGGACCAACCUACUCUAAUAAAUUAAU